AGAAAUACAAUCUGGCUAUCGCACAAAGGUCGUAUAUCAUUUCUUGAGAAAGCAGGUCAUUAGAUUGUAUUCCUGAGAUUCAAUGAAUUCAUCGACUUGCCCCUUCUGCGACCAAGUUGUUCCAUUAGAAGAACUUCAACGCUAGGGUUUACUGAGCGACUGAGGAAGGUCUCUUUAUGUUAUUGCCGUUGCAGGCAUGCCAAUGGUCACUUUGAGGAUGAAGACAAUGACUAUAAACAACGCCAACUUGCUAUGGACUUUGAGUUGGCCCAACAAAUGGCUUUUUCCUCUGCUUCUUAUGACAAUGAUAAUAAAGAAAACGGGGACAUGCCACAAGAGAUUAUGUUUGAGGGAUCUUUGGGUAGCAGCAAGUUAAGUUGUGAGAGGGGGACUUUGGUGAUGGGGGAGUUGAAUGUUAAUGAAAAGAUAUCUUGCUUGAUUGGUUCACAGAAUAGGGGUGCCUUUUGUAAGGUGGAGGGUGGUCUGAUGUCUUUAUUAAGAAACUGCUUAGAAUUAGAAUCCCGUGACUCGACUAGUAUUUUGUCAGGGUAUGUUGAUCAUUACCAGAGUAUUGAGUUUGAGGAUUUUGGGUGGGGCUGUGGAUGGCGGAACAUUCAAAUGCUCUGCUCUCAUUUGCUAAUGCAAAGACCAGAAACGAGAAAUGUUUUAUUCGGUGGAUCAGGAGUUGUUCCAGAUAUUCCAUCACUUCAGAGAUGGCUUGAGAUUGCUUGGGAAAGAGGAUUUGAUGUACAUGGUGCAGAACAUUUCAAUUACAAAAUUUAUGGCAGAAAAAAUUGGAUUGGAACCACCGAAUGUGCUGCCCUUUUGCGUUCCUUUGGGCUUCACGCAAGGAUAGUUGAUUUUGGUCCUAAAGAGUGCGAGGAACUUUAUCUCUCAGUCCCUGGUUCAAGUAGUGGGGCAGAAAUGGUAAACAUAAUUGAUGCAAAUAAGAGAAGGACAGUUAAGGUUAAGGUUUAUGGGCCCAUGGAUAGGUAUCUUGUCCAUAUAAAUGAUAGUGUUCCACAAACUGGUUCUAGUGGGCAUGAAAAUUCCGAGUAUUUUAAAAUCUCUCAGAAUAUCAUGAAAGAUAAUAAGUCCCCUCAUAAAGCAAAGGGUCAUCAGGUUCUAGUUGAUUGGGUAUGGAAUUACUUCUCAGAUGGAAGAAUAUGCACAUAUAGUCACCAACACGUUAAUAUUAGUGGAAAAACGCCAUUGUUCUUUCAGCAUGAUGGACAUUCUAGGACCAUUGUGGGGAUUCAAGUUAAACAGCAGCAUAAUGGAAUGCAGCAAUACAAUCUCCUGAUUUUGGACCCAGCUCAUAGUACUAGAGGCCUUGAAAGGGCCCUUAGAGAGAAUAUUGGAUGGCAGCAACUAAUAAAAAGAGGAAUUCAUACGCUAAAUAAGCCACAAUACCAGUUGUGUUAUAUUGAUGCUGGAAUUGCUGCUGGGGGUGACAUGGAAUUGCUCAAGACAAUCGAUAGCAUCUUUCUGGAGCUUUAAAUGAAUAUGUUGUAGCUUCUAUGUUCUCUAUAAGACAUUAGUCAUUGAAGUGUAUUAAAACUAAAAAAUAUUUCAUCUGUAAGGACCCAUAAUCAGAUCAUUCACCUGAUAAUAGAAAGCAAGUUCUUCAACAAA